AUGAAGGUUGUUAAGGAACUUAGUGUCUGUGGUGGCAGAUUGAUCAAGUUGUCCCACGACUCAACCUCUACCAAGACUAAAAUGAAUGUCAAUGUUUAUUUGCCCAAACAGUACUACGCCCAAGAUUUUCCAACAAAUAAACGCAUCCCAACUGUGGUUUAUCUUUCUGGCUUGACGUGCACGCCAGACAACGCCUCUGAGAAGGCUUUUUGGCAGUUUCAAGCCGACAAAUAUGGGUUUGCAAUGGUUUUUCCAGAUACGUCUCCACGUGGUGACGAAGUCGCCAAUGAUCCUGAGGGCUCCUGGGAUUUUGGACAGGGUGCAGGGUUCUAUGUCAAUGCCACUCAGGAACCGUACGCCCAACACUACCGGAUGUACGACUACGUCCACAAAGAGCUCCCACAAACAUUGGAUUCUUAUUUUAACAAGAACGGUGCCAUAAAGGUGGACUUCCUGGAAAAUGUUUCCAUCACAGGUCAUUCUAUGGGAGGGUAUGGUGCAAUCUGUGGAUACUUGAGGGGCUAUUCCGAGAAGAGAUACAAAUCUUGCUCUGCCUUCGCACCUAUCGUGAAUCCUUCCAACGUUCCCUGGGGCCAAAAGGCGUUUAAAGGUUAUCUAGGUGAUGAAAGAGCCCAAUGGCAAGCCUACGACCCAUGCUCAUUGAUCAAGAAUGUUAGACGUGUGGGCGGUGACAGAAUUUUGAUUCAUGUAGGGGACGCAGAUCCCUUUUUGGAAGAGCACUUGAAACCGGAAUUGCUGCUUGAGGCUGUGAAAUCAACCCCAUGGCAAGACCAUGUGAAACUGAAAAAAGUACACGGCUUUGAUCAUUCCUAUUACUUUGUCAGCACUUUUGUUCCAGAACAUGCUGAAUUUCAUGCGCGGAACUUGGGCUUAACUUGA